AUGAUGUAUAAAACAGUUUUGCAAAGAAUGGGCAUGAAGACAUGCAUGCCUCGCCCUUUUUCAACUAGCUCUAGACUUAAUUACAAGGUAGCUGUUUUGGGUGCCGGUGGUGGUAUUGGCCAACCUUUGUCCAUGCUUUUAAAGACAAACACAAAGGUCUCUGAAUUGGCUCUUUUUGACAUCAAGGGUGGUCCUGGUGUUGCCGCUGAUAUCGGCCACAUCAACACCUCUUCCAAUGUUAACGGUUAUUCCCCUGAUGACAAGGGUCUUGAAAGGGCUUUGAAGGGCGCUGAUGUGGUUGUCAUUCCCGCUGGUGUUCCUCGUAAGCCCGGUAUGACCCGUGAUGAUUUAUUCAAGACCAACGCCUCUAUUGUUCGCGAUUUGGCUUUUGCUGCUGGUGAAACCGCGCCUAAUGCCAAGUAUCUUGUUGUCACAAACCCCGUCAACUCCACUGUCCCUAUCUUCAAGAAGGCUUUGGCUCGUGUUGGCGUUCACCAACCUAAGCACUUGUUUGGUGUCACCACGUUGGAUUCUGUCCGUGCUAGCCGUUUUGCUUCUCAAGCCACCAACGGUCUUGCUGAAAUCCUCCGUAUUCCCGUUGUCGGUGGUCACUCAGGUGCUACUAUUGUCCCCCUCUUGUCUCAAGGACGCGUUGAUUUGACUGGCGCUGACCGCGAUAGCCUCGUUCAUCGUAUUCAAUUUGGUGGUGACGAAGUUGUUAAAGCCAAGGCUGGUGCCGGAAGCGCUACCUUGUCUAUGGCUUACGCCGGAGCCCGUAUGGCCUCCUCUGUCAUCCGUGCUUUGGAUGGCGAAUCCGGUGUUGAAGAAUGCACCUUUGUCGAGUCUCCUUUGUUCAAGGAUCAAGGUAUCGACUACUUCUCUUCCCGCGUCACUUUGGGCAAGGAUGGUGUUGAGACUAUCCACCCUGUUGGCCCCAUCAAUGAAUACGAGGAAGGUCUUCUCAAGGUUGCUCUUGGUGAUUUGAAGAAGAGCAUUGAAAAAGGUGAACAUUUUGUUGCAUAA